AUGGCAAGUGGAACACAAUCUGUAAAGGUCAAAUUCCUCUCCAAAAGUAAAAGGAAAGUAGUUUCUAUUGUAAAGUUGAAUAAUCUCAAGACAAAGCAAGCUCUUGGAAGCUGCAAACAGGAAUUUCAAGCGGCGAAUUUGACGAAGGCCAUGUUUCAUGAAAUACCAUCGAAAUGGGAAAAGGAAAAAUUUUACUUCUGUGAAUAUGAAUUAUUGGACACUUUCCUGGUUAUCCUAAAGGAAGUUGGAUUAAAACAUAGAUCAUUAUUUAACGAUAAGAAUGAGAGAGAUCUUCCCUUUUUAUGGAGAUCCAACAUUUAA